AAUAAUAAUAUUAAUAGUAAAGUGCAUAAUAUAAAAUGUAACUAGCACUAGUUGCACUGCACCCCCCAUCCCCAGUCUUGCUUGAAACCGGUCUGUGGUGCAAACAAGGUUGGGAACCACUGGCCUGGUCUGAUCUGGUCUGGGCAAUGUCUCCUUUAAUAGCUUUUUUCUUUACUUCUCAUUGCUUGAACAAUGGAGGAAGAUCACAGUUAGGUGGGCAGAGAGCACAAGUGCCUGGCUGCAAUAACCUCUCCAAUCCAUUACAUACAAACAGAGAUUCCCUACAGGGCUGCGCGGCACCAUCCAAAGCAUCGGGAUUUAUCUGCAGUGAAGGUGAGAAAAGCUUCUCUGUUAAGAGUGAUCUCCUUAGUCACGUCUGCAUCUGUACAAGGAAGAACCAUUCUAGCCGGCAGCAGACAGAGGAUUCAGCUAUGAGACCGCUGAUUUAUACAGAGGAUGAGACAAUAACGAGUAGUGAGUACCGGCAGCCCCACACCAAGGAGAAGCCAUUUCCUAGAAAGAAUAAGCUCUUCAAUUACCAAAAGGAGAAACCAUUCACCUGCACCGAAUGCGGGAAAAGCUUCUCACAGAAGAGGGUGCUGUUAAAUCACCACAGGAUUCACACCGGAGAGAAACCCUUUGCAUGCACAGUAUGUGGGAGGAGCUUCUCCCAUAAGAAUAGUCUCAUGAUACACGAGAUGAUUCACAAAGGGGAGAAACCUUUCCUAUGUACCGAAUGUGGCAAAACCUUUCCUCACAAGAGCUACCUGCAGAGCCACCGAAAGAUCCACACGGGAGAAAAACCUUUUACAUGUACAGAAUGUGGGAAACGCUUCUCUCAUAAGACCAGUUUAUUAAUACACCAGACUAUUCACAAAGGGGAGAAACCAUUCUCAUGCACAGAAUGUGGUCUGUGCUUUUCUCAUAAAAACAACCUCCACAGCCACCAGAAAACUCACACCGGGGAGAAACCGUUCACCUGCAACGAAUGCGGAAAGAGCUUCUGUCACAAGAACAAUCUCCUGAGGCAUGAGAUGAUUCACAGGGGGGAGAAACCCUUCACCUGUAAAGAGUGUGGGAAGCGCUUCUCUCGCAAGCUCAACCUGGUGACACACGAGGUGAUCCACACGGGGGAGAAACCAUUUGCUUGCACAGAAUGCGGGAGAAGUUUCUCUCACAAGAACAACCUGCGGAGACAUUAUAUGACUCACAAAGGAAAGAAGCCAUUCACCUGUACUGAGUGUAGAAAAAACUUUUCUCAUAAAAACAGCCUUCAGAGACAUCAGCUGACUCACAGAGGGGAGAAACCCUUCUCAUGUAUGGAAUGCGGGAAAGACUUCUCUGCAAAGCACAGCCUUCACAAACACCAGAAAAUGCAUAUGUACACCCUGUGUGUCCCGCUGUGCUCCCGCCUCCAUUCUCCCGCGGUUCCUAACUGCUGCAGAACGGGAAAUAUCGCGAUAGAAAGCGAGAGGAGGCCGCUUCCCAUCAUGCUUUGCACUCCCGGCUCGGAUGAAAGUCGGCUCUGUAGUGUGUGGGGCAGGGAUUUAGCCGCUCCUAUUGCUCUAAAUGCGCCGAGGCGGGUGUUGUAUGCCCCAGUGACUGAUCCAGAGAAAUUGCCCAUAAGGGUAAAGGAAGAAAAAACAGACUCUAAAGAUCCCCUGAACCCAAUGGAGAGGCCAGGAGUUGAUUCGGGGGCGCAGACAGAAAUAUUACAGAUGACCAUAAAAGAAGAACCUGAUGUAAAUGAAGAUUCAAACCCAAUGGAAGCUAUGACUGUAAACGUUACAGAUGGGGGAGAUUGUCAAAAUGAAGAUGACAGUUGGUGCCCUAAAAAGUCCAAAGCGUCGGCAAGACUCAGAAGCUCACAAGUGUCAGAAGGCAGAAAGGUGAUACGAAGUUCUGGUGUGUUCCCACGGCUGAUGCUGCACAAGUCAGUGGCUAGGUCUGAGAGGGAGGCUAGGGCAAGGCUCGAGGAGGACUCCGCAAGCACUAACAUACUGUGUUUUAUCUGCUGUAAAUGUGGCAAAGGCUUUCCUAUGAACAGUGACCUCCUGACUCACGACUGCACUCAUUCUACCAAUAAUAACAACAAUAGUUCUGGCAAUAAACGGAAGCGAGGGCGCCCGAAGAAGAACACUACUGAAUCCCCUGAUAAGCAGAAACGCAGUAAGCCCAGCGAGGAAGCACAGCAGGAGGUCAGUAACCGCGGCAUGGCGUACAAGUGUCCGAAAUGUGGCGAAGGCUUCUUCCUAAAGUGCGACUUUCUCACGCACAAGAGGAGCCACAGAGGUGAGAAACCGUAUAAAUGCAAAGAAUGCGGGAAAGGUUUCUCGCGCCAAAUCAGCCUUUUGUCUCACGAGUCGUUACACACUGGAGAGACGUCUUUCCCAUGCACUGAAUGCGGGAAAACUUUCCCUCUAAUGCGAAACCUUCUGAGCCACCAGAAAGUCCACCGGGGGGAGAGACCCUUUAUAUGCGCAAUAUGCGGGAAAGGCUUUACUCUCAAGUCCAGUCUGUCUGUUCAUGAGAAGAUUCACACGGGGGAGAAGCCAUUUGAGUGUAACAUAUGUGGCAAAUGCUUUGCUCUAAGAACAAUGCUCCAUAAACACCAGAAAAAUCACUCUGGGGAGAAGCGUUUUUCAUGUGCAGAAUGUGGGAAAAGCUUCUCUCACAAAAUCACUCUCCUGUCCCACGAGAGGAUCCACACAGGGGAGAAACCAUUCACUUGCAACCAAUGUGGCAAAAGCUUCUCCCAGAAUGGCAAUCUAUACCACCACCAGAAAAUCCACACCGGGGAGAAACCCUUCAGCUGCUCCGAAUGCGGGAAGAGCUUCUUCCAGAAGAAUAAACUUCACAGACAUCAGCUGAUACACACGGGGGAGAAGCCGUUUAAGUGCGCAGAAUGCGGCCGUGGCUUCUCCCAGAACGGCAACCUCCGCACCCAUCAAAAAGUGCACACCAAGGAAAAAAGCUUCAUGUGCUGCGAAUGCGGGGAGAGGUUCUCUGCCAAGUGCAGCCUUGAGAAACAUGAGCGAAUUCACUCGAGCUAGGCCCCUGGAAUAUGCCAAGGCAGAUACAGGGAUUGAUAAGCCUCAAAGAUAGAACAUUAGGUGAAGAACUAUUGGACAGAUCUUUACCAAGCAGAGUUUGCAGGACAUAUGUAUCAGGCUAGUGUUGUAGAUGGAUGUCCUGCAAACAGAAGGCUCCUUGGAUAUGCCCCUACAGUAGCAUAUUGAUGCCAGUCUUUCUCUGGGAGUGUCAUGGCUACACCUUGGCAUAUUUGCUGCCAGCACAUUCUCAGAUUAAGCACUUGAAGAUUGGAUGAUGAGAAAAUGAUUUUCAGACCUGGACCUGUUCUGCUAGGAGUACACGAGUGGCCCCGUGACAGCUCUAUUGGGUAUAACUUGUUUUGGUGGCAAGCAUUAAGCAGGGGUGGCUGGCAGAUGAGCCGCUGACAAUUAGGAAAUGAUCAGAUAUAUAGGCUGUACAGGCAAUGAGCUUUUCCUCAGUAGCAAAGAAUUAUUACUGGAGUAAAUACAGCCUGCCACCAUUUACCCGCAUCUUAGCUUACACUCAUGGGUGCUUUAGGGGGCUUACCCAAGUGCUUUCAGAAAAUGACCUGGCCCAGGAUUAAUAAAACUAGGAAUACACAGUAUCCAGUCAACAUGCACAGCAACGAUCACUGAUAAUACAUUUGGCCAGAAGGGCGGAGCCUUGGGUAUGCACUGCCGUUUCUUUACCCAGGUUAUCGGACAUGGACACAAUUGGCCUUUCUGCUUAGCCAGUGUGCUGAUCUGUGCAGCGGCUAGGGAUGCACCAAAUCCAUAAAUAACCACAAAUAACCAUGUUCAAACAGUAACUUGCAUAUUCAGAUUUCAGGAAAAUAUGCCAAAACCUUGAUUAAGUGCUGAUUCAGCGCAGCCGAUGAGGCCUGUAAAUUCCUGCCAGUGGAAUUUGGGAGUAAUCCUACCCUAGUGUCCUGGCUGCCUUUACCUUUACUAGAUGAGCCAUCUCCUUUGGUGGCACAAUAUCCAGGACAGCCUAAAUCAUUACCAUUAUGUCGGCAAGAGAGGAGAGCACACUUUAACAUGCUUUGCAGUAUGGCUUCCCUAAGCACAUGGGGUUGGUAGGUGAGAACGGGCUCCUUGCGGUAAAAUACUGGAUAUUCCCUCCUGCCAUGCUAUGUGGGAUUUGCCUGCUGAAUUUGGUAUAACAUAGGGGCAUCAUUUGCAAAUCUGAAUGCAGUGUGCAAAAUACAAAAAAAAAGUAGCCUUAGCCAUUUUUUGCACUUUGCACGCUGCAUUUGUUUGUAUCCAAAGAGGCUUCUAUGGUCCAUUUCACUUAGGAGUCCCUUCCACUGCCCCCUACCCACCCCUGCCUACAUGUUAGGGAGAAGCAGGAAGAGCAGCCCACAUCAGGGCCUUGUCUUUACGCUAAGGCAGUAGGAUCAGGGCUGAGCUGCAUGUCCUCAUGUGCUCUUUGCACUGAGCAUUGGAUAUUUGCAGCAGGUCUGGGGAACAUUAACUUAACCCAUGAGCACUAAGGGGGUGUGCUCUUGUGCUCCUUAGUGCUUGUACACUUGCCCCCACCCUCCAGGGUUAUAAAUCCACCCCUGUUGAUUGAUCUUCAUAUACAGAGUUUCCAUGUUAGACCAUUUGUUGUAUGGCACCAACUCAAUAGGACUGAGGAUCAAUAGGGGAAACGGCACGCAAAGUGGUUCUGGAUUUUUCUCAACCAGUUAAUUCGUAGCUCUGUAAUUGGACAAAAUGCUCAGAAUCCCUCCCCGUUCAUUUGAAUGGAAAUUGUAGGUGCACAGGCAUCGGUUAUAGAUACUCUGAUGGCUAUAUUUAUCCGGCUGUGUAAAAAGUGGAGUAAAACAUUACCAGUGAUGUUGCUCAUAGCAGCCAAUAGGAUCAUUUGCUUUGGUUUUCUAUAGGGAUGCACUGAAUUCAGGAUUCGGCCUUUCGCAUCCUAUUUGAAGGGUUAAAUGCCACAGUGUGAACACGGAAGUGGAAAAUUCAUCAUUUGCACAUGCUAAUUAGGAUUUGGUUUGGUAUUUGGCCGAAUGCCUUACAAUGGAUUCAGGGGUUCGGCCAAACCCAAAAAACUGGGUUCGAUGCAUCCCUAGGGGCAGACCAGAGUGUAUUUUCGCCGACUUUUUCGUACGCCCGCACCAUUUUUUCGAACGCUUAAAUCGGAAAGGUUUUCCCACUGUUUACAAUCGUUCGGUACGAAAAUAUUGUGACUUUCGGAUUGCCAAUACGAUAUUAUCGUGACUAAUACGAUUUUUCCGUAAGCAUUUUCGUGCAUUAUCGUAUCUAAUCUGAAUUUUUCCCAUUCGGGAUUCAAACUCGUGUUUUAAUGACUCUGCCCCCUAGUGUUGAAAUCGAAUUGCUGAUUGGUUGCCCUGGGCAACAUCACCGGUAAUGCUUCACUCCACUUUUUACACAGCCUGAUAAAUAUACCCCUUAUUGUCCUUGUCAUGCAGAUAAGGAGCAGUCAUUCUGUGAUUUCUUUCAAUUUAUUUGGAAUCCCUAGGUGCCCACUCCCCUAACAGCUCUUAAGCUGCCCAUACGCGGGCAGAUCCACUCGCUUGGGGGGUGGGCGAUAUCAGGUAACAUGUAAGCAAAUUUGAUCGUUUGGCCCUGGGACCAAACGAUCGAAUUCUAGCGGCGGCCCCCCUAGCGUCGGUUUGGGGACCGCAUCAAUGAGCCGAUACAGUCCCUGAUCCGACUGAAUUUUCUAACCUGCCCGAUCGAUAUCUGGCCAAUUUCAGGCCAGAUAUUGGUCAGCCAAGCCCCUCAUUUUUGCCCCUACACGGGCUGAUUAGCUGCCAAAUCUGUCCAAGGGACCCAUAUCGCCAGCUACAAUCGGCCCGUGUAUGGGGACCUUUACACAUUUCAGGGGAAUAGUUAGCCAUUAUUUCCCCCUUACAUAGUAAAUUUACUAUUAAAUUAUUAAGUUCCUCAGCUGGAUAUAUAGUAUGCUUAUUUUGUAUUCAUUCUACAGAAUGGGAGUCCCCAUAAGUCAUAGUUGGCAUUCUACUGUGUAAGGUGUACAGUAUGGCAGUACCUGCUCCAUUAAUAUACAGAGAAGGAAUGUUCUUUCCAUUUAGUAAAGGAAUACACAGUGUCUGUGUAUAGUUCUAGGUUGUGUAUAUUGUGUGUAUGGCACAUUCUUUCCCUGUAGUGCGGCCAUACUGCUCGCCUUUGCAGAGAGAUCGCCGCGGAAUCUGAGAGAACGCUGUGUGUUAUGUAUACUGAAGCGGUGACGGUUAAAAAGAAUUUGUAGCUGCCAUAUAGUCCAGCGGCCCCGAGUAGAGGGGGAACCUUCUGCACCUACAGCUCUCUCGCUCAGAGAGAAUAAAUAGGAAACAAAUAGGAUUUAUUCCCCUUUAGGCUGGUGUUGGCCAGUGCACUGUUACAUUAGGAUAUAAAGUAGGGGACAGGGUGAAACGCGUUACGUUGCUAGUGCUGGGCUAACGGCAGCCUGUGCGUGGCUGAGUGCCGCCAAUGCAACGUGGCGUUAUACAGGGGAGCCGCGCAGCUCCCACCUACCAGUGUGCGGCAAUAUGAUAUUUAUAAGCAUAUAGAUACAAAUUUAUUUUUGUUUCAAGCAGACUCUUCACAUUUCUAUAUGCUAUUUUUUACACUAGAGAACUGUUUAUACAGCUGCGAUGAGCUGCAUCCCUUCGACCGAUAGCAACAUGUUUUGUGUUCAGAAGUUUGUAGAUUUUCCUGACUUCUUUUUGUUUGUUUUUGUUUUGUUUUUCUAUUUUCUGGCGCUUAUUACAAAUAAAUGUAAAUGUUCAAUCUUA